CAUUUCACGACGAACAGUUGGGAGUGAAUGUUCCCAUCUUUCGACCCCAGCGGACGAGGUCAAUUUUGGGUGUGGCACGUAGAAUGAGCGACCUGAGGCCACGUGGCUGGUCCUUGUACCGUCUAGAACCGAAGAUUACGUUACAGCUACUCGGACUAUCAUCUGCCUAUUCCUGCCUCAAUCCUUCUACUAGCUCUGCCAAUCAGGUUGAACUGCGGGGUUGAGAAGCUUCAUCCCCCGCCCCGUCCAGUCCCUUGCGCGGGUUAUAUAAAGGGUCGCGUACCCCCGGCAGCGCCAGUCGCCACCCGAAUGUCGUCGUCUACAGGAGAGAGCAAUGUUUUCGGAGGUUACGAAGACGUGGCUCGCAGUUCGCGCGUCACGACGUCCAGAGCCGACAGCUCGUCGUCAUCGUCUCCGCCUUCCUGCAGCCUGCACCACCAUCACCAAAUGAGCAACAGCUUCCUCGGCGCGGAACUCAGUGACGACGACCUGGGGGAGCUACCCUCCUGUGCGUAUGCAGGCCGCAACACGGGAGGCAGCUCGGUCCAACAGCUGCCUUACCUGGGCGUGUCAGAUGAGCAGGCCGGCGAUCUGGGCGGAAGUGCAGCCGAUGGAACAGAGUACUACCCGAGCGGCAGCCCUUACCGUAUCCAGCGCCACGCAGCGAACAUCCGGGAACGCAAGAGGAUGCUGAGGUCGGCACCUGCCCCCCGCCCCCCGGCCCCCCACACACACGAGCGACCACCAGUCAAAAUCAUCAACUCGGCCUUCGACGAGCUGCGGGUUCAUGUCCCCACGUUCCCCUACGAGAAGCGUCUGUCAAAGAUCGACACACUACGCUUGGCCAUUGCUUACAUCGCUUUGCUCCGCGAGGUUCUCACGGCCGACUACGAUCCACUCACGUACGUGGAGAAAUGCCUGCGCGGAGAGAUCAAGGCAGCCGAGCGCGCUGAGUGGAAUACAAGCGAUCUGACUGCACGGUUGUCGUGGAUUAACUGGGAGAAUUUGGGUGUGAAUCCAAACAGAAGGAGUGUACUGACAACCUUAACAUUGACGGCAGAGAACAUGAACAACUGACAAGUGCAUGAUCAACAUGUUAAGUACAAAUCAGUUACUUUCACGUGAAUGAAUGAUAUUCUUCUGGAACACUGUCGAUGCCUAACAGCUGCCAGGACUCUGGUGUUCACGUGGCAUUACGAGGAUUGCAGCACCGUUCGUGAAGAUGUCUUGAUGGAAGCGCUCACCAUGUUCGUCGCUGACAGCACCACAGUUUGACAGGAAGAAAUCCAGGUGUGAGUGCAAGAAAUGCAUCUUAAAUGACACGUUACACCCCAGUUUUCCAGAAGAUGUCAAUGAGUUCACCUUCUGUUUGAUAUAAUUUACCACAAACUUUAUUUUGAGUACGAAAUGUCACUUUCACAGAAUAAUCUAGAAGAUUCCACUGUUCUAGCCUCGGGGCCAAAGGCUCUGCCUUAUUCUUCGGCAGUUCGGGAUACCUGAUGAGGUCAUCAAGUUCACUUUCUGUGCUGUAAUUCUUCGUGUAUAUAAGCUCAACAUGAUCAUCAUCAGUGUCUUCAUCUUCAUCAGAGUCUACUGAUAAACUUUCGGGUGGUUCAGGAAUAGGUGAGACACGGAGUGAAUUGCAGAUGGUAUAUUUGGGUACGUCACUGUCCACUUUUUAUUCAUUGUCACCCCUUUUCGAAUACGAGGCACCGUACAGAAGUAACAGUCUGUGAUGUGAUUUGGUGGCUCCCUCCAUACCAUGGGCACUGCGAAAGACACAGAACGUCCCUUUCGAUUCACCAACGCAUUGAGGUUUGAUGAGCAAGUAGUGCAGCAUACGUGUGGAGACCAGUUCUUGUCCUGGUCGCCUACUUUACACCCAAAGUACAAUUCGUAAGCCCUUUUUGUGUCUUGAGUUAACGUACACUUUCUUGAAGCAGACGUAACAGAAGUUAUCCGGACUAUUCACACAAUUACGGGGCAUAUUCAUCGUACACGAUACAAAUACUGAGCAAGAAGUAGGAAUCUCACAGAGAACCGUUAACUGAGAAUAAGUCACCCAGUACCUGGCCGGAUUCGAGGAAUACUGCAAGAGUUGAAGAUGCAUUUGAGGCGGCAACAACUUAUCACAUAAUGAAGAGUAACUCGCUAAUAUGAGACCCAAAUCGUAAUUCGAAAACAGGAGUCAAUCAACAAAUUUUAAUGUGAUUUUCGUGUUCAGCAGCCUAAAAUUAGUCAAGAUCGGUUAGUUUCGUUUACAUAACAUUUUACGUGUUAACCAGUGUUAUCAGAAGAUAACAUUUACUCAUGAAAAUUUUUAUGUUGUAAUUUUACAUUUUAAGUCUGUAUAACAAGAAAGAGAGAUGAUGUACUUUUAGCUUAGUACGGUUCGCACCCAGGCAACUGUGCUGUGAUUGCCAGGUGUUAACAUGUUAAUUGUGUUGCUUGUACUGUGUUAUUUGUUUAUUGAAAUAAACGUUGAUACAUCACAGGUGGCGUUGAUGUAGAGAAUAGA